CAAGCCUUUACUCUUAGAGUGUCAAAUUCACAAGAAAAAAAAAAGAAACUAUAGCAGCAUACUCUAAGAAAAAUGGCAUCUACACAAUGUUUCUUGCACCACCAAUAUGCUCUUACUACUCCAUCUAGAACCUUAUCUCAACGCCAAGUUGUUACCACCAAACCAAACCAUAUUGUUUGCAAGGCACAGAAACAGGAUGAUGUUGUUGAUGCUGUUGUGUCUCGUAGGUUAGCACUUUCUGUUCUCAUUGGUGCUGCUGCUGUUGGCUCUAAGGUUUCUCCUGCUGAUGCUGCUUAUGGAGAAGCUGCUAAUGUGUUUGGAAAGGCAAAGACAAACACAGACUACUUGCCAUACAAUGGAGAUGGGUUCAAACUGUUGGUGCCAGCAAAGUGGAAUCCAAGCAAAGAGAGAGAGUUCCCUGGUCAGGUUCUUAGAUAUGAGGACAAUUUUGAUGCAACAAGCAAUGUUUCAGUUUUAGUCCAAACAACUGAUAAGAAGUCCAUCACUGACUAUGGUUCACCUGAAGAGUUCCUAUCUAAGGUGAACUAUUUGCUUGGAAAACAAGCCUUCUUUGGACAAACUGAUUCAGAGGGAGGUUUCGAUACAAAUGCUGUAGCUGUUGCAAACAUCUUAGAGAGCUCAGCACCAGUGAUUGGCGGGAAACAGUAUUACAACAUUUCGGUAUUGACAAGGACUGCUGACGGAGAUGAAGGUGGAAAGCAUCAGCUGAUUACAGCAACUGUAAAUGAUGGAAAACUGUACAUUUGCAAGGCUCAAGCUGGUGACAAGAGGUGGUUUAAGGGAGCAAGGAAGUUUGUGGAGGACACAGCAAGUUCAUUCAGUGUUGCCUAAUUAAGAACUUUGGUGAAGGGAUGUUAUUUUGCAUGUAAAUCUUAUUCUUAAGUAAGCAAGCACUUGGAGUUUUAAUUUAUAAUGGCUUUUUUAACCUGCUUUUUGAUUAAGAA